AGUUCAGUUUAAAGUUCUCACCAGUCGAUAAAAGCUAUUGCGUAGGGUAGGUAUAUAAAGGAUUAAGUUAUAAAAGUGUCAUAGAAACAGUGAGAUUUUUUAUUUUAGGGACCAUCAAUCGUACGUUAUCUGGAAGCCACUUUCUGUAGCUCAUUUUAAGGUUUAUACCAGCAAAUUUAAGCUAUCAUUAACUACCUGUUGAUACGAAGAUUCGGGAAACAUGCAAAAAGUUUGGCUCCUGUUGUUUUUAUUCGUGGCGGUGUAUGCUGAGUCGCAGGUACGGGAGACGGAGACAUGGAUGCCCAUAAAGUCUCAGACCGACGGGCCGCAGGACGAGCCGGUCUCAUCCGGAGAUUUCGGCUUCGGCGACGACGACGAUGACGAAGAUACUGAGUACGGCAUGGAUGACGACGACGACGAGGACGAUGACGACGAGGACGACUUCUCAGGAUCCGGAGAUGGGGACAACGAAAUGAUCAACGUUGUGCCCACCAAGCCUGAUGUGAUUGACAACGAUAUCCCAGAUAAGGAUAAGCCUGUGUGGCCCAAGCCCAAGUCCAACGACAACGACGACGUGUGGAAUAACGAGGUGGUUCCGCGUGUGGCUGCAGAGCAAGAGAACGCGCCGCCCAACGUGCUGAUGGCCCACGCUGGCGAGGAGGGCGUGUUCAGCAAGCCCGAGGUCCUCGCAGCUCUGAUCGCCGGGGGCGCAGUGGGCCUGCUCUUCGCCAUCCUCCUCAUCCUCUUGCUCAUCUACCGCAUGAAGAAGAAAGACGAGGGCAGCUACGACCUGGGCAAGAAGCCCAUCUACACCAAGGCUCCCACCACGGAGAUCUACGCGUAAGACUGUGUGCUUCUCUCAGGACUCCUUCAACAGUGCCUCAGAAACAACCUCCACUAUCCGCUCUCCAACCUCACACACUCGGGGAGGGAGAACCAAAAAAACACUUUCCGUGCUUUCAACCAUUAGAUGCAACAAUUGAUCAAACCCAGGGGACGGGAAGCAAGCCCGUUGCGCGAGAUAACGAAGGGAGGAGCCGAUGGAACGGCUUCCCGCGGUACGAAAGAUGGUUUAAUGGCCUGAAGUUUUUUUUUUUUUUUUUUUUUGUCCUAAACCUGCAGCGAAUCCCAGUGUGUCACGUGUUCUGUUCCCCCCCCCCCCCCCCCUCUUCCCCGCUGUAACGCAACACUACGAAUUUAAUCGAGACCUUCGCCUCCGGUGAAUUGGCACGGUACCGCCACGACGGUACUGACAUUUCUUGUUCCUCGUCUGCGCUGACCACUGGUAGUCUGUAAUUUCAAUGUGCAGUGGGCGCCGAUGUUUGCGUCAACACUGGUGCUACAGGCGACGAUGUCAUGGUAACGAAUUCUUUGUAACGGAAUUGUAAAAAGUCCAUGCGCGGCGAAACGCAAUCCACCCCCCCCCCCUAUUGCCAAUUAGAAUCUCACGGAAUCUCACUUUUUCCAAAAAUAAACGAACGAUGAUGACGAUACAAAUGACUCGUGUUAAAUGAUGUUUUUAAACUUUAAAAAAUAUAUAUAUAAUAAUCGAAGUGUCUUUGUGAAGACAGCGGUUGUGAAUAUACCAACGGUCGCUCAAGAACGCAGACUGUUGAGUACGCCUACGUUCCACCCAGUACGGACAAGGCAAGCUUUGACACACCUUUACCGGAGGCUGCGCGUAGCGCACGUCAAACUAACGCAUCGUUACCGCUGUCGUUUAUCUCUCCCCCCCCCCCCCCCCCCCGAUCUCGUAAGUGGCGCAGUUAAAGACCUUUCGCGCUACGAAAGCGGAAACGAUAACGUAAACGCUGCGCAUGGACUUUCUACUCCAGGGAUCUGUAUAUAGCCAUUUGAAUAAAAACAGAAAACUUGGUACUUAGCCAUUGUCUUGGCAGACUUUUAUUUACCAAAUAUUUAAAUGCCAAAUUAUUUUCCCCCCGAAAUGUUCCAUUAACUUUUUUUUUUUUUUUUUUUUUAAACCCUGGAAUUCAGGGUUUCUGUUUUUAACCUCAGAAGAGACCUUGUGGGAUGUUUUUUUUUUUUUUUAAUACCCAUGCUAGUUGCCAGUACUAAUGUUUCUCUAUUUCAGUGUUUGAUAGAUUAUUAGUUCAAGAAUUGUUUUUUUUGGUAUUAAUUUAACUGUCAGAAAUAUUUUAUUGCCUUUUUCAGGUUGGGACUCUAAGCUGUUGUAUAUGUGAAAAAAAUAAUAAUUUUUAUAUACGCUAGUUCAAGAUUUUCAGAAGCAAAUAGGUUUUAUUUUGUAAAAGUUUGUAUUUCUUUUAGACAUUUUUAAGCAGUUUAUAUUUAUGUUUUGUAGAAGGAAUGCAAUGUCAUUUUCAGGGCUACUUCUGAAUUAAACCAUGUGUCAUUCGCAUGGGGAAAAAUUCUGCUGCUUUUUCAUCACGAGAUGUGAAUCACUCACCAGUGGAGAAGUCAAUGAAUCAUUGAUUUCUGCAUGCAGGAUCUGAUUUCUUUGAAAAUAAAGCUAUUUUAAUGCAUGUUA